GGCGGGACCGCGCGGGAGUGCGGAAGUGACUUCUCCUGUGAACCCCGUGCUUGCAGAUGGCUGGGCUCCGGAGCGGAGUGGCGGCGGCGGUGUCGGCGGGAACGGCUGGGUUUGGGAGACCAGGGCGACCGCAGGGCCGGAGGCAGCAAGAGUUGGGGAAGCAGCGCUCGGCGCUAUGGCCGGGACCGCGCAGCAAAGAAAAGAAGAAAGUGAAUUGCAAGCCCACGAACCAGGAUGAACAGGAAAUUCCUUUCAGGCUGCGAGAGAUUAUGAGGAGCCGGCAAGAGAUGAAAAAUCCUAUCAGUAACAAGAAGAGGAAGAAAGAGGCCCAGGCAGCCUUCAGCAAGACAUUGGAGAAGGAAGCAAAGGGAGGGGAACCGGACAUUGCCGUACCCAAAUUCAAGCAGAGGAAGUGGGAGUCCGACAGGGCCUAUGUCCGGCGCAUGGAACAGGAGGCCCAGCACGUGCUGUUCCUCAGCAAGAACCAGGCCAACCGGCAGCCCGAGGUGCAGGUGGCUCCCAAGAAGGAGAAGUCGGAGCGAAAGAAAGCGUUCCAGAAGCGGCGACUGGACAAGGCCCGGCAGAGGAGGGAGGAGAAGGCAGCAGAGAGGCUAGAGCAGGAGCUGCUCCAAGAGCGUCAUCUGUCUCCUGAGCCCCUGUAG